ACUCCAGAGUCAGCCACGACUGGACCUAAUGGUCAGGGGUCCCUUUAUCUUUACCUUUGAAGCCUUAUUUCUGGAUCCUUGAGCCUGAGCUCAUUCACCCGCUGAACUCUUGGAACUCGGAGGAGACAAAGAUCACCAGGGAACGGACUUCUUCGGAGAAAAGAGUUUUAUUGAGAUCUGCGCAGAGGCAGCCAGUGGAAUAUCUUCCAAAGACUGGCGGCCCCUAUACUGUGUUCAGCAAGCAUUCUUAUACCUGGGAGCAUACACCCACCUCCCCAAUCUCCCCAAUCAGCUGGCAAGGUUACAACUUAUUGCCUUAUAUGGCUAUAUGGCUAGUUAAGCUCCCCUCCCUUUCUUCUAUAUUUGUUCUUCUUCUCUUGCAUUACUGAAGCAGGAAGCAGGAAACAGCCUCUAGCCUACCUAGCUGGAGCAAUUGCGCCGUUAGCUUGGGUCCAGAUAAUAUUGAGAUUAACCCUUCCCUCUCCCUUCAACCUUUACGUGCAGGAGUUGGUAAAAGGGCAGCUGAGGGACAAGGAAUUUGCUAAAAAAUAAUAAAAAUGCAUGUUAAUUAGAGACAAAUCUGUAAAAUAACCUGCGGGAGUCAGUGGAAGACAGGAGUGCCUGGCGUGUAAUAAAUUUGAAAACGAGUUAAAAUUAAUUGGCAAAAAAACAUACCCCCCUUGAAGAACUGACCCAGCAGAGGGCUGGCUGGCGGUCUUUCCUUCUGUUGCUGCUGUUCACAUUGCAGACCAGCCAAAUGUAGUGCUUAAAGCAUGGGGUGGGUGGGGGGGUGUCCUUCAGCCAGGAGGCCACAUUCCCUCCUGAGCAGCCUUCCAAUUGAUGGGUGGGGACUCAAGGGCUGGAUUUGACCCCCUGGGUCUGGUUUCCCCACCCCAAAGUUAGGGUGCAGGGCUAAGACAAAAAAGACCCUGUAUUUCCUCUGUAGUCACCAGAAUGCCCGCCCCCUGAGUGUUGGUUCCUGCUUUCCCCCCUUUAAAUUCUCCCUCCCCACCCCCCAAAAAAGUUGCAAAUAGCAAACAUAAACUGAACUCCCCGUCAAAACACACACACAAAUGUGUGUCCUUAUGGGAAAACAUUGUUCCAAAGUGUCGGGUGCGAAUCUGGUGGAUGCCAAGGCAGUUGACCGUCUUUAGAGUAAGGGUUGAAAAGUUACCCUGUCACAACGAAAUCAUCCCCAGUACUUCUUUUUCCCGCAAAUGAUUCAACUCCUUUUUGUCAGGUGAUGGUGUGUUUUUUUGUAGAUGACCAUAAUGUUAUUAGUCUAGAUUUUCAAGAUAGCCUACGAAAGAGAACAAGAAUAUAACACAGAUCAAAAACAUAAGAAACAAAAACAAUUAUCGUAGCAACAGUAAAAAUACAAAAAGCAGUAGAGCUGCUCCUUGCUCCUUGCAUUGAAUUGCAUCGUGGCAACAGCUGAGAGCGUCCCAGAAGUGGCCCAGUUUACGCCUCCCCCCCCCUCCGUCCUUUCCACUGGCAGCGCAAUGGACUCCGAGACCCCCUCUGAACGGCCUCUUCUCAGAGGUGGAGUGGAAGGAGGAGCCAGGCGGCUUCCUCAGGCCCUCUUGACCUUUGAGGAGGUGGCUGUGUUUUUCACGGAGGAGGAGUGGGCUCUGCUGGAUCCUGGCCAACGAGCUCUGCACAAGGAAGUCAUGGAGGAGAAUUAUGAGAUGGUGGCCUCUCUAGCAGGGACUCUGAUACUCAAGUCUGAGCUCAUCUCGUCGUUUGGAACAGAAAAGUACACUGAUGUUGUCCUGGAGAAAUUGCGAGGUGAUGGAGAAGGCAAGCAGAAUAUUGAAGGGCCAUCUGUAAAGUACUUCAGUGUGAGUGAACACCUUAGCACAAAUCUACAAACUAACACUGGGGAGAAACUCUUUAAAUGUAUAGAGUGUGGAAAGAGCUUCAGUGAAAGAGGAAAACUUACCGUACAUCAACGAAUUCACACAGGGGAGAAACCAUUCAGAUGUAUGGAGUGUGGAAAAAGCUUCAGUGAAAGAGGGAAACUUACUGUACAUCAACGAACUCAUACAGGGGAGAAACCAUAUAAAUGUAUGGAGUGUGGAAAGAGCUUCAGGCGGUGUUCACAUCUUACUAGACAUCAACGGACUCACACAGGGGAGAAACCAUAUAAAUGUAUGGAUUGUGGAAAGAGCUUCAGACAGUGUUCACACUUUACUAGACAUCAACGAACUCACACAAGGGAGAAACAAUUUAAAUGUAAGGAGUGUGGAAAGAGCUUCACCAAUAGUGGAGUGCUUAGAAAUCAUCAACUGACUCACACAGGAGAGAAACCCUUUAAAUGUUUGGAGUGUGGAAAGAGCUUCAGUAAGUCUUCACAACUUAUGAUUCAUCAACGAACUCACACAGGGGAGAAACCAUUUAGAUGUAUGGAGUGUGGGAAGUGUUUCAGAGAAAGAGGAAACCUUACUAGACACCAACAAACUCACACAGGGGAGAAACCAUUUAAAUGUAUGGAGUGUGGAAAUAGCUUCAGUAAGUCUUCACAACUUACGAUUCAUCAACGAACUCACACGGGGGAGAAACCAUUUAGAUGUAUAGAGUGUGGGAAGUGUUUCAGUCAGAGUGGAAGCCUUAUUUUACAUCAACGAAUUCACACAGGGGAGAAACCAUAUAAAUGUUUUGAGUGUGGGCAGAGCUUCAUUUGUAGUGCAAAACUCACUGUGCACCAACGAAGUCACACAGGAGAGAAACCAUUUGAAUGUAUGGAUUGUGGGAUGUGCUUCAGCCAGAGUGGAGUACUUAUUGUACAUCAACGUACUCACACUGGUGAGAAACCAUUUAAAUGUAUGGAGUGUGGAAAGAGCUUCAGUCACAAUGGAAUACUUACUGUACAUCAAAGAACUCACACGGGUGAGAAACCAUUUAAAUGUGUGGCGUGUGGGAAGUGCUUCAGUCAAUGUUCACAGCUUACUUUACAUCAGCGAAGUCACACAGGGGAGAAACCAUUUAAAUGUAUGGAAUGUGGAAAGAGCUUCAGACACGGUUCACACCUUACUUUACAUCUACGAACUCACACAGGGGAGAAACCAUUUAAAUGUAUGGAAUGUGGGAAAGUUUUCAUUCAGAGUUCAGCUCUUACAACACAUCUACGAAUUCACACAGGGGAGAAACCAUUUAGAUGUAUGGAGUGUGGGAAGAGCUUCAGUCGAUGUUCACACCUUACUAUACAUCUUAGAACUCACACAGGGGAGAAACCAUUUAAAUGCUUGGAGUGUGGGAAGAGCUUCAGUAAGAGUGUAACUCUUAGAAAACAUCAGCAAACUCACAGAGGAACAAUGGUUUAAGUGGAAGGAGUGUUGAAUGUGUUUCAAUUAUAAUGGAGUUAUUGAUUAAGACAUGGACUCUCACAGGGGAGAACCCAUUUAGAUGUAUGGAGUGUGCCACGUUUUUCACACAGAGUUCAUUUUGUGCUUCAUGUCAACAAACCCAUAGAGGGAAAUAUCAUGUACUGUGUUUGGUGCUCUGGUGUUUGUAUGGAAUGUUGUGCAUAUAUGUAUUAAAGCAAUGGAGGUAAUGUCUCAUAAUAGUAAGUGUAAUGAAAGAUACAAUGUACUAUUAGUGCUGCAGAAUGCUACUGUAGAGUGCUCAUUGAAAGUGAACAUGUGCUGAGA